AUGAAGCAUGAAGGAGGAGUCAAUUUUUCCGGCGGUUCAAGCCUUCAAUCGGGGUUGUGGGGGUUGAGAAGGGUAGCAACAGCCGGAGAGGGUGCUUGUGGUGGUGUUUCUCGGCAGAAGGAGGAAGGGAAGGGGAUAUGGAGGUGGCGGCAGUGGGGAACCAGGAAAACAUCACCGGUGAUUCUAGUUCUUCGACAGGGGAAGGAGACAAACGGGAUGACAGUCGUUGAGAGGGAUGUGAAGGGGUAUCGGGACAGUACAACAACAAUUAUGUGGGUGUUUGACAGCGGGUGCUCGGUGGAAAUAGGCGGAGAAGGUUGGGCCCGCUACUACCGCCGAAGAAUCACCGGUCAUUUCCUUCUUCUUCACUGGUUCUACAAUGAGAGAAAACUUAAACCUAAUCAUAUGCAACCCAUCUCCAUCGACAACCAACUACCAUCGGUAUCUGCUUCGCAUCCCUCAAGCAAAAGAAAUCAUCCUAACAUCUUGCAGCAUCUCAUCUCAUCCCUACAUACCACACCACAUCACCAUCUCCGGACGCUGAAAUUCGAAGAUCCCAACUCCAUCUACCCUCCAAUUCCAAUCCACCCUUCAACUUACUGGACCUCUAUUAUAUUCUUGUCACCAUUAACGCCUACAAGAACCCUAACCUCACACCCCUAUGAUCCGAUGCCGAUCUUGGGAAAAAAGUUCAAGACACGAUAUGUUGAUUAA